CAUAUAUAUUUAUCUACAUGCAUACAUACGUCGGAAGAAUUGGCUCGACUUACUACUUCAUCCCGUGCCUUGGUCGUCGUCUAUACAGCGGGAAGAGGGGUAUAUCCGGGCGCUAUAAGCAUAUGAGCGCAUCUGCUCGGCGGCGAGAGGACGCUAUGCACAUUCGUAGAUUGGAGUAUCGGGUAUUCUUUCACUCACUCUCUCUGCUUUCCCUGCUGCUGCUGCUGCUGCCCGCAUUCACGACCAUGCACACAUCCACACACGUUCAGAGACGUACGUAUGUACAUGCAGGAGUGGGCUAUGUGUACAUGCACCAAUACCCACCAACAAGGGACGGGCAGGCUGAGCUAUUAGCAACCCGCAAUAAGAAUAGCUUGGUUCUGUAACUCCGGGCUCUCUCCCGUCUCCUUCCGCUCAUCAUCAUCUCUCCGGCAAGGUCUGCUUGCACGACCAUUUCGAUGGAUCGUGGUACUACAUAGUAGUCGAUGUGGUACUAGUCGUGGCGUGGCGUGGUGGUGGGUUCGCUCAAUACCAAGAGGUCCCCCACCAACCAGCCUCGCAACAAAACCCUUUCAUACCACGUAUCUCUCUCUCUCUCCAUGGGUUUCAAACGGAUGACGACCGUCGUCUCUUUUCCAACAUGCAUCACCGCUAGCUGAGGCAGUUCAGUUUCUGCUGCAAGCCGUCGUGUACACGGAAUGUGGAUGGAUGCAUGCACCGACCAACAAACCACAUGCAUGCAGACCUUCUUCUUCUUCUUCUUGGUCUUCCUUUGUGGCCAAAUAACUAUAGCACGACCGGAUGAGAGAGAGAGAGAGAGAGAGGUUGUUGGUGGGUUGGUUUGGUUGGUUGGUUGGUUGGGGAGUUGAAGAUCAUUGCGAAAGGGAGUAUGUAUGACGAUGGGUGUUUUUGGUGUGUUGAAGGCAUGAUAAGAAAGCCCGACCGAGGACUAAAUCCCAUGGAGAGUGAGUGAGUGAGAGAGAGAGUUGGCUCAAUGUUUCGAUCCAUUCUUCUCUCUGCUCCUGCUACUACCCGGCUUCCCCGAUUCCCGAGAGUUAGAGUCAGCAUAAGUAUGGAUGAAGUGAAUGCUGGAUGGAUGUGCUGGACUGCUACGUUAUGCCGGACGAAGGCUGAAAAUCGAUACCACUCCUCACUCCCACCAGGACGAAAAGUCGUCCUAGGAUUCUCCGCAGUUGGACGGUUUCGAUGUGGCGAUGCUGCUCCCCUCGCCCCACCAAACAUCCAUUCCGCACAACUCUCACUCUCUCUCUCCGAGGAUCGGAUUUGGCCAAAAUCUCAAUUUUCUCUCCUCCUCCGCCUCUCCCGACCAGCUACUUGGCAUCUCAGCACGAUACCCGUACUACCAUCCACCACCACCACCAUCACGAUAUACUCGGCUGCUGGGAACAAACUUUCUCUCUCUCAACAAGUACCAAACUUUCCUCCGUUACGAGAUGGCCAUGCCCUUGAAUUUUUUUUUCAUCCUGGCCCGAUAACAACAACGUAUGUGUAGUUUAGUUAGUAUUCAUAAGUCAUUAAAAUGAUGCUGCUACUGGUCCUCUUUUCAAUAACCAGUUGAGAGACAGCUGCGAAAAGUACGACUUUCACUUUCUCCGCACCCUUCCCAACCACAAAUCGAGAGAGAGAGGAGCUCCGUACGUACGUGAACUAAUAAAUUGAGCUCAUUAGCAAAGGAGUCAAGGAUGGACAGUGGUGUUCUGCAAGUCUCGGCCGUUCUGUUUCUCAUAUUUCUCGUCAUCGUGCCAAAUGGUUGCACCCCAGGCACGAUAAGCUGUUUCGUUUGCUCAUCUCGAAAUGGGAGCUAUCAAGCGUGCGAGGACCCCUUUAAUGCGGGCGUAUCGACGUACGUGGACCGUUGCAAGGUGCCUAGACGAGGACACAUUGGCGAAUUUCCGGCACAUUUUUGUAUAAAAAUCAUUGGAGUAUCAUACAGCACCAACGAAAAAAUUGUGAUACGGAGAUGCACCUCAGAGACGAUGGAUAAGCAAUGUGGCCAGUUUCGCUUUGAGGACGACCUCCUCCGCGGAUGCAUCCUCACCUGCGACAUGGACGGGUGCAACUCGUCCAAUUUGCGGCAGAAUUCGCAACCCCUCCUCUUUUUCACCUGUUUUGUGGCCAUGUAUCUCUUCCUUUCUUUCGGAGCGAGUUCAAUACCUGCCAGCACGUCCUACCCUCAAAUUAGGUCGUCAUUAUCACCGUCUCAGCUCUUAAUUAGGCGUGAAUCAGGCAGUGGUGCGAUGUCACCCACGAAUACAAUGCAGCAAUUAUCAGGGGUUUAUAGCAAGAAAAUGCGAUGCGACCACCACGGGUGCUGAGCUGUGUGUGCUAAAAAAUCACAAUUGAUUUUCUAUAUCGUAGUAAAUUAGUGCGAGUUAGGCAGUUGUUCAAUUUCUAAAUAUUUCGCCGCACCCAUUUUGUUAUUGUAUAUGGCACAAGAACAACCAAUUAACAACCCGAUAAAUACUUGUCCUAAACCCGAUACAAGUAGAUAAGGGUAGAGGUAGAAGAAAUAUCAAAGCAUGGGGAAUUUAUUUGUAAACGAGGACUCGAUUCAGCAUAUUUUUAAUCAAUUCUUCAUUCUGGGGAUUUAUUUUAAAAUUCUGGACGGCAAAUUUGUAGGGCAGGCUUUGCCAAUUGUUCAAAAAUAUUCACUCCAAAUUUUAACGGUUUUUAAAGAAGGUCUCAAGUUUAACAGGCCUUGAGAAAAAUUGAAACUCGUCGAAACUUGCUUAAAAAAUCACCACAAUUCUGUUAAUUAACUUACGCACUAGAACUUUGUCAUCCAGAAUGUUAAGAACAAUUCCAAGAGGCGAGAAAUUAUUUAAAAUGUUCUGAUUUUGACGAUUUUGGCGAUAAGUCAUCGAGUCCUGGACAUGACGAUUCUUUACUAAAACUGGGGAAUUGUAUCAUCGUAUCGUAAAAACAUUCACAAGAGUGAUCAAAAUCAGGUUCCAACAAAUCCAAUGAAAUUAUUCGCUCUGAUAGACUUCCAUUUCAUCAUGAGUUAAGAUGUGAAGCAAAAUUGAGACCAUGAUAAAAAAUACAGUUCAACUUUUAAUUCUAAACUAUUUUAUUUUUUCAAACCCAAACAGCGAUUGUUUUAAAGUUACUUAAGAUUGUCAAUCAGUAUUUAAUAACGAAACAGGUAUAA